AAAAAAGGAAAGUUGAAAGCACUCAGAGGGGAAGAAGUGAAGCCGAACCAAGCCGCGCUUUGGGAACUUCAUCACGAACCGCCAGCAGGGAGGUGAAUGGAUCUCCACCGCCCCUUCAAGAUGGACAGCCCCUCCUAUCUGCCGACUCCCCUGGCCUCCCCGGCCCUCAUGGUCCUGGCCUCCACAGCAGAAGCCGGCAGAGACGCCUCCGUCCCCUGCCAGGCACCCCGGCCUUUCGGGGUCCCGGUCUCUGUGGAAAAGGACCUCCACCUCUCCUUUCCUUCACCCUCCUACACCUUCACCUCCAUGUACCAGCGUCAGGCUCCCAUGUCGGGCACCUUCCCGUCCCGGGACUUCCCAACGUCUCUGCUCCACCUGCACCCUCAGUUCACCCCUCCAAACCUGGACUGCUCUACCUUGGGCAUGCUCAACCACAGUGGGCUGGGGGCUUUCCGGCCUUUCGCCUCCCCACAAGAGGAGAGGGAAUCUGGGGGCUACCAGUCAGCCUUCACCCCCGCCAAGAGGCUGAAGGGCUGCUUCCCGGAAGUGGAGGGGAAGGAGUUUGACUUUGGGCCCCUGAAAGCUGGGGAGGAGGCAGGGAGGAAGUUGUUCUCCAUGUCCGGCCUGCUGUCUGACGGCGAGGCUUCAUCCAGCCCGGAGGAGCGCAAAGAGCACAGUAAGUUGAAGGGUCUGUACGACACUCAGGCCCCAGUGUGUCCAGUCUGCCAGGCCGUACUGCGACCAGGAGAGCUGCAAGAUCACAUGGAGCAGGAAUUAUCCAAACUCGCCCAGCUACAGAUCAGCCCUGCUACACUGCAGCACGACCAACUCAUAAGAACAUCGAAGUCUCUAAUGCUCUCUCUACACAUCAAGCGUGAAGGAGGAUCUCCCACUUCACCGUCUCGGCCAUCUGAGGAACCACACUCAGACCGAUACCAGACGUUUCUCAGAGUGCGAGCCAACAGACACACAAGACUAAAUGUCGACGACCUCUGCUGGUGCAGGUGCUACGUCAAAUCCGCCCCAUUGCGCCCACACAGCGCAGGAGCCCACCUAGACUGCACACAAGCUGUCAGGAUUGGGAAGCUGAAGAGGAGAAAACCGGAGGAAGGACAGGAGGCUUCAGGGGACCCGGUGCCGGUGGAGGACGAGUGGAACGAGAGGAGAAGGACACAGAUGACAGCGAUAGGAUUUAAAGCAGGUGUGACACUGGUGAGCACGACUUCUAGGGAGUGUCGGGACAGCGACGCUGACCUGGACGUUGAUGGAGACGAUACUCUAGAGUACGGCAGAGCGCAAUACAGUGAGACGGAUAUAAUCCCCUGCUCAGCAGAAAGCUCCAAAGAGUCGGCAGCAAACAGCAGCAUGUUGCCUGAUUCCAGACUGAAGCUCGACUUUCCAAAAUGGUCAAACGAUGGGAGUCCUUCUACAAGUAGUGGAGAGAAGCAGGACACUACCGUAGUAGGUCUUCCCAGAACCUGCAGGAAUUCAGAGAUAGAGCCGCUUUCAGAGGACUCCACGCCAACAACCCUGGACGCGCUUAAAGCUCGGAUCCGAGAUUUGGAGAAACAGCUGUCUAAAGGAGACAGAUUUAAAUGCCUCAUCUGCAUGGACACAUACACAACACCGCUCACUUCCAUCCAGUGCUGGCAUGUCCACUGUGAGGAGUGCUGGCUGCGGACGCUGGGAGCAAAGAAGUUGUGUCCUCAGUGCAACACCAUCACGUCGCCUGGAGACCUGAGGCGGGUCUAUCUGUAGCUUGCGGGAAGAGAAGAGGGAAAUAUCUCAGUUUCAACAAAUCAGAGGUGGCGAUGUUGGGGCAGCUGGUCUGCCCCGAAUGUCUGCCUUCAUCUUCACAUGCUCCUGUUUUUAAAUGAACUACUAACAUCCUCUAAUGUCCUCUGACCUGCUCCCAGGUCGACUUUUGUGCUGCAGAAUGAAACAUCAGCUGAGAGCUCAGGCAUUACAAAUGCUUUGGGAAAAUAAUAAUUUAUCUUUUUUUAAAAUCUUUUGUCUGUUUAAAGGGAAAAAUGUUGAACUCAAAUGAACUGAAAGCACAUGUACAUAGUUUUGUGUAUGUAUGUAUUGAGUGCUGUGUGUAUAUGAUGUUGACUAGCACAACAGCCUGGUUGUAUUUACUGUACAGACUAACGUCUUUGUUUAGUUCCUUUUAUAUUUGUUGUUUGUACUAUUUUAGGUUUCAAAUGCUCCCUGUAAUUUCAUCUCAAUUAGUCACAUUUUGUCUUUACCAAC